UAUAUUGGAGGCAAGCUCUUUUUACUGGGGGUCGUAGAGAGCCAUGGACCCGGGUCAUCGAUAUUGGACCUCAGUAUAAAUGGAACCCUAGCGAUACAGCAGCCAAAGAAAAUGACAACACCCCACCCAGAGUGUUUCAAAGAUAACAUCUUAUUGUCGUUUCCCUUUCCGGUCCAAAAACCAUGCGGCGCUUUCUGCCCCUAACUCUUCUCCCUCUAUUUCUGGGUGUGUUCUGCAAGGAUGAAAUGGUGGCCAAAGGAGUAAAAGGUUUCAAAUCAAAAGGAAAAUUUUUCAAAAUAAUGGGACCAAAAGGCGAAGAUAGAAAGGCUUUCCAGAUACUUGAGGAGUACGAGGAGGUGAAGGGUCCCGAUGAUGGAUCAUUUGAAGAAAAGAUUCAGGAACAGGAGCUAAUUUAUUAUCAGUACGAGAAACAGCGACGAAUCGCCAGGGAGUUAGGGGCGGAUCCGGAAGAGGUUGAGAUUCCUGAAAAAGCUAAAGAAUACAUGAAAGCAUAUGGCGCUGACCUCUCUAAAAGGAACAAACAAAAGGCUUCCCUUGAACAAAGAAAAAGCAAUAAACAAAGAAAACAGCAGCUCGUUCAGAAACUGAACAAGGACGCCAACAGGAAAGGAAAGAAUCGUCGAAGACGGCGUAACAGAAGACGGAGAAGAAGCAGAUCACGUAACCGGAAGGGGCGGGGCAAACGCAUGGCUAUUGAUGACGAGACACGGUUCUGGACCAAUGCAAUUGUUCCUUACAAAUUUACCGAUGAAAUUAAAACUGACGAAGAGCGAAUGGGUCGACUGCGCGCUCAGCGGCGGUACGAGUACUGGACGUGUAUCCGAUUUGUUCCGUGGACGAAAACCACACCCAGCGAAUAUGGGCUGGACCACAGCAACUAUCUGAAACACGUGGACAACAACGGGUGCUGGUCUGUGUUAGGAAACACAAGAGGAAAUGGACAGAAGAUAUCUUGCUGCAUGGACGAGUCGUGUGUUCACGAGCUGGGUCACUCUAUGGGUCUACACCACGAGCAGAAGAGUUACCUCCACCACGACUUCAUCAGGAUCAACUUCAAGAACGUCAUGCCAGAUCGUGUCAAAGAGUACCAGGAGGAAGACCCUUCUAGUUCAAGGACGUUCGGUUAUUACGACUUGGGAACUUCGAUGCAUUAUAACAAGUUUAUGUUUUCCGCCAACUCUGAACCGACGAUGACUGUCCUUGACCCUAACCUUGAGUAUCUGAUGUUGACCCCUGACCCCUACAACUACUACAUGUUCUACGAGAUCUCGCGUAUCCACCAAUGUCAAGAGAUGCGUUGCUCGGACUUCCCUACUGAAUGUAAAAACGGCGGAUACGUCUCAUACAUCCGGGACACUUGCACCUGUCGCUGUCCAGAGGGCCUUGACCCUGUUACCGGAUGUACCACUGUUUACCGUGGAGACGAUAGACUCCGAGGAGCCAUGUGGCCGUCAGACGGGUUUUCAAUGUUAAAACCUCGUAAUGGCUGUCCAGACGGAUUUAAAGAGGGAAGCCUCGUUAUGGGAGUCCCCGGUGCGGAUCACUCCGAGCAGUACCAUCUGGACACAAGGCUGACGGACGACGAACUGACCGUGAGGUUCUGUACAAAGGAGCAGACGACAGGCAGAGACACUGCGUGGGAACCCGGGCAGUACUGUAUACUACGGACCGACCGGAAGUGUCCCAAUGGAUUUGAAGAUGGUCACAUCGUUGUUGACAACGGGAAAAAUCCCCAUGUGGCGUCACUUCCGCUUCCUGAUGUUGACGUAGACAAGAACGUUCGUUUAAACUUCUGUUGUCGCAAUGAUGGUAGCUGGUUUGAUCAGAUCUAUCUGCCAAGUAGUCAACCAUUUGUAUUGUUUGAAAGAGGAUACGAAUGCCAGGAGGUUAAAGAUAUGAUGACGUCGAGUGAAUGGCUGAUGAUUGAGAACGACUUAUCCGGAGAAUACGAGGUUGUCGGAUCUGCGCCGGACGUUACAGUCCGACAGGACAAUAAGUACUUCAUCAACGUCUGCUACUACUCCCCCGUCAAUUACGAUUGUGGUGGCAUGUUCGAACUGAGUGAGGACAAACCCACUGUGACCAUUGCCUCCCCAAACUACCCUGCCCCCUACAACCCCUCCCAGCGUUGUCAAUGGACCAUCAGGAGUCCAAGAAAUACCAAAAUAAAGCUUACAUUUGAGAAGUUUGAGGUGGAGCUGAGAGAGGACGACACCUGUGGUGAUUACCUUGAGGUUCGAUUUACGCUUCCGGGUCAACCAGGCAUCAACUACUGUGGAUCCACAUUUGAUCCGACCGUCCUGACAGAGAUGAACUAUCUUGGCCUGGUCUUCACGAGUGGACCUGAUGUUGUUCAAUCAGGAUUCAAAGCAACCGUAUCGUUAUUAACAGACGACGCCUUGUGUUACACUGGAGCCGGGGAGGAUUACAGGGGGAGGGUCAACUUUACCAAGGACAUGGAGCCCUGUCUCCCCUGGACUGAGGUCCAACACUGUCCCCACAGCACCUUCAACCAACAUGACCUUGACGAUGGCCUUGACCAUAACUACUGCCGUAACCCUGGAGACGGUACAUCACCAUGGUGUUAUGUCCACCGUGACAACUGUGGCAGAAAUUACUGUGACCCCUGCGGACUUGGUCACUGUUUUGACAAAUACUUCGACUGCAAGGAGCUGCUUAUAAAUGGAACAGCAGUAUGUGAACAUGAUAUCGACAUAAAGUAUGGAUGCCGGAAAUCUUGUGGAUUUUGUGACGGAAAACCAGAUAAACCAGUAGUCAACGUAAAAUGUAAGCCACCAGCGGAUGUUGAUGACGCAAAACCGACGUCACCAAUGAAGAGUGAAUACAGCGUUGGAGAAAACGUCACCUAUAAAUGUAAUGGCGGACCUGAGAAAGAACUCAGACAGUGCUUGUCUGACGGCACGUGGUCUGGAGGAGGCUUUGUGUGUGGGCGUUGUCCAAACAAGUGGGUUCCCUUCAAACAAUCAUGUUACAGAUUCUUUGACGUUGAAGUCAAUAAAACUGCAGCUGGCCAACUUUGCAAAGCUUAUGAUGCAGUGGUGACGUCAUCCAAAAAUGCAGGAGAAGACGACUUUCUUACCCACAUCAGGGACGAUAUGCGACCUAUCUGGUUAGGCUUGGAGGAAGUUGUUGGUAGGGGGCGCCACAGAUGGCAGGAAGACAUGUCCCAGGUUACGUGGACUAAAUGGAAGAAAGGUAAAAGCAGCAGUUGUGCGUUCAUGGACAGGGAAGGCCGCUGGUCAGGGGUCAGGUGUGAUGCCCCGAAAUACCUCGCUGUUGUUUGUAAAUUCGCACCUUCAGAGCGAACUGAAUGUGCUGAUGCAUAUUCAAAUUGUGAAGAUAACAUAAAAUUGGAACCAGGAGCGUGCAAUGAAUAUCCGGAAUUUGCCUGGCAGAGUUGUCCAUCAACAUGUGGAAUCUGUGGGACAAAAGGUAAGGAAUGCCAGGCCCCAAAAUCUCCAGAUAACUCAGUUCAACUUUCAAAAGGCCAAACGGUUGAGGUUGGGGACUUCAUUGAGUAUGACUGCAAAAAAGGAUAUAUACUGAAUGGUGGAAAUCUGCGUAGAGCAUGCCUUCCAUCGGGAGAACUUACGGGGGAACCCCCAAACUGUAUAGGAGAACACAGUUUACCGACGGCCAAUUUUGACGUGGAAUUACGUCAGCGGAGUCGUGACGGUGGGACCGACGGCGCGGCGUACACCGCCCUCAACGAGGCCCUCCGGGUACACAAGGGUGGGCGUCUGGUUAGGUGGGAGUUCUACAGUAUAUAUGAUGGAGUACUGGUCCUCCAGGUCUGGCGAAAGUCAAAGAGGGCAGGGAAGAAGAUCAGUUUUGAACUGGUCGGCCAAAAUGUUGUUAAGAGCUCAAAGAACCACAGAAUACGAAAAUUCGAGGUUCCACGAGAGGACCAGAUUAACGUGAAAGUUGGAGACGUGAUUGGGUUCUUUUUACCUAAAGAUAUAAAAGGAGGAAUAACUCUGGACAAAUGCAAUAAAAAGUUUGCUGGGCGGACUUACGGCAGUCAGCUAGUGUUUGACGGCCGGAAGAAACUACCUGACGACUGGACGGUGGGAGAAGUGUACACAUUCAAACCGGACCCCCAGGACUGCAAGGUCAUUUCUAUCAAAGCCUUCGUGAUAUGAGCACGACGACCAAUAACAGUUCUGUUAUGUCUUAUGUAAACAAAGGAAAUUAAAUUAAUGUGCAUGAU